UGCUUAAAAAAUUUCUCUAUUUUUCGUAUGCUGCCGCUUUAAACUCUUCUUGUAUUUGUUUCACUUUGCAUCCUGUAAAUGUUUUUAAUUGUUCAUUUUCUGUUCCACGCCUGUUUCAAUAAAUAUUUCUAAUUCAUCGUAACUACAAAACAAAUCGAAACCGAGUAUUCCAUGCUCAAGUUACGACAGCUGAAUUCAUUGAUAAGAACCUGUAUUUUGUCAUACAGCAGAAAACGCUGGAAACACAUUUUUCAUACGACCUUCUAUGCUCAUCCUCCUGCCUUCCUCCGGUGUCGGUACUCAACUGUAGUUUGCAGGAAAUUGAAGAGUUGGUACGUUUUAUAAACAAUGCCGACGUUGUCGAUGCUGUAUAAUACAGCAAUUGCCAGCGCUUUUGUAAAAAUCCUGCUAUUUCCUUGCUAUCGGUCAACGGAUUUUGAAGUACACAGAAACUGGCUUGCUAUAACCCACAGUUUGCCUUUAAAAGAAUGGUACACUUCUCAUAUAUCGGAGUGGACGCUAGAUUAUCCUCCUUUCUUUGCUUGGUUGGAAUUUACCCUUUCGUGGAUUGCAAGACUGCUUGGAUUUGAUAAAGCAAUGCUGGAUCCAUAUAACUUGAACUACGUUUCAACCUCCACAAUUGUUUUCCAACGCAGCAGUGUUAUCGUACUGGAAUUAGUGCUUUUGUAUGCCCUCUGUGCGUAUGUCCGCUCCAUGCCUGCUCGAGAUCAACCAAAUGCGAUUUUAGCUGCCAUUGACAUCUUCCUCUCGCCAGCCCUACUCAUUAUUGAUCACAUACAUUUUCAAUACAAUGGCUUUUUGUUUGGUAUUCUCAUGUGGUCACUUGUAUUGGCUCAAAAACGUGAAACACUUCUAAAGUCUGCUGCCCUCUUUGCCGCGUUAUUGUGUUUCAAGCACAUUUAUCUGUAUGUUGCACCUGCAUACUUUGUAUUUUUGCUUAGAACGUACUGCCUGUCACCUUCUGGUUAUCGCAUCCAGUUCAAAAACUCGAUCAAAUUGGGCGCUACAGUUAUUGGAAUAUUUUUACUAGCAUUUGGUCCUUGGAUCUACAUGGGUCAAAUGCCCCAGGUGUUCCAGCGCUUGUUUCCGUUCUCGAGAGGUCUGUGUCAUGCUUAUUGGGCUCCUAACUUUUGGGCUAUGUAUGCAUUUGCAGACCGGGUUGCGACAUUCUUCCUUCCUCGGUUUGGUUAUUCACUCCCAGAUGCAGUUAACUCUGCUCUUAAUGGCCCUACGCGGGGUUUAGUGCGUGACACUGUGUUCACUGUGUUGCCGAACAUCACUCCUCGUUUGACAUUCCUUAUAACCCUUUUCUUCCAGUCGCUUGUCCUCAUCAAACUUUUCUUCCGUCCCACUUGGCGUAAUUUCGUCGGUGCAGUGACUCUGUGCGGCUGGUUGAGCUAUUUGUUUGGAUGGCACGUUCAUGAGAAGGCAAUCUUGAUUGUCAUUAUGCCAUUCGGUCUCUUGUCCUUAAAAGAUCGUCGAUACUUGGAGGCGUUCAGACCAUUGGCAGUCGCAGGAUGCAUCUCGCUGUUCCCACUGCUCUUUACGCCAGCAGAAGCCCCCAUAAAGUAUCUGUACACUGGACUUUGGGUUGCUAUUCUUCUCAAGUUUAACCGUGCCGCCCCAGUUCCAUUGAAGAGACAAUUUCUUUUGACGCGCGUUAAUCUUUCCUACAUGGCGGGUUUUAUUCCCCUUCUCAUUUACAAUGGAAUUGUUCAUAGAAUCGUUUUCGGAGACAGAUUGGAGUUUCUUCCAUUGAUGCUCCUCAGUGCCUAUGCUGCCUGGGGUAUAUUCUGGUCUUGUAUCAGUCUUAUCUGGCUCUACUUUACCGAUUUGGACUAAGCGGUUUCGUUCGAAAGGAGGUAAUAUUUAUUCUUUCUUUCCAACUGAAAUCGCUGCACUCACUCUUUUGAUUCCCACACCUUCCUCAUCUUCCCGACAUUCUUUUUUGCCUAUUUAUUACGUUGGCACUGCUUGUGUUUCAUGAAAGCCUUGUUGGGGAUCUGUUUAUACAAUGGAACCAUUGAAAUGUGCACAAUUGAGCAAGUUGAGUUCUUUCAAAUUACACUACACAACGAGAAUAUCUAAUGACAACUCAAUCAUCUUUUUCAGCAUUCUCAUAACCAUUUCAAAGUGCAUCUACAACACAGAGCAACUCUUAAUUUCUGACCUUUGGUUUACUACUCUGCGUACAUACCACCCUAUAACAGCUUCACAGCAAACAGUCUACACUCCCACACCAUAAUCAAAAAAAGUGCUAUAAACGGAAAUUA